CGGGAAACCCAGACACGCGCGAACCUUGUAGAUUCUGUCUGGCUUCUGCUGCGCUUGUCAAGAGAUCUUUCCCCUCUUCUCAUGCGAAUUACCUUUUUCUACGUCUGGGGUUUCCUUUUUCUCUGUGUGGCGCGGUGGCUGGCGUAAGCGCUCUGACACACUACUCUCUGAUGGGAUAACCGGCAACCACUCACUAGCCGGACGUUGGAGCGAGGGACUGUGGCGGGCCUCACUGCGAAGGGUUGAGUGGAGUGGAACGCGAGGCAGUGCGCACGCGAGGGCCAAGACACAUGGAGGUUGACGAGAACAGUGCUAUCGGCGUGUAGGCCGAUGAAAUGGUGGUUCGAGUUCAACUGGGCGAAGUUGUCUUCCGCCGUCUUGAUGCUUUUCUCCGACUCUUAGAAUGUUUACGCCAUCAUCCGAACCGCUGUUCUGCGAUGCAUUUCAUAUCCGUGGCAUCAGGAGAUGAAGAGGUUCAUUCCUCUGGCGCCGUCCAACUC